AUGGAAGCGCCAGGGGAGCCGGAGGGCCCAGGCCCUCCAGGACCCGGGGGUGAUAACCCUCUGGGAACUGCAAGAGAGGCCCCCAGGCGGCUUUCAAGAGAACAGCUUUUUACACUGAUAUUGGCAGCAUCCAUUAACUUGGGAUCCAGUAUGUGCUAUUCUAUUCUUGGACCCUUUUUCCCCAAGGAGGCCAAAAAGAAAGGAGCCAGCAAUACAGUUAUUGGUAUAAUCUUUGGAUGUUAUGCUUUGUUUAAAUUGCUGGCGUCUUUGGUAUUUGGAAAAUAUCUUAUACAUAUUGGAGCAAAGUUUAUGUUUGUAACAGGAAUGUUUGUCUCAGGAGGAGUUACAAUUCUCUUUGGUGUGUUGGACCAAGUUCCAGAAGGGCCAAUAUUUAUUGCUGUGUGUUUUCUAGUGAGGGUGGCAGAUGCGAUAAGCUUUACUGGAGCGUUAACUGCUUCUUUUUCUAUCCUCAUAAAGGCUUUUCCAAAUAAUGUGGCUACAGUAUUGGGGAGUCUUGAGAUUUUCUCUCAACUUGGUCUAGUGCUAGGGCCUCCUUUAGGUGGCUUUUUGUACCAAUCUUUUGGCUAUGAGUUGCCUUUUAUUUUUCUGAGAUGCAUAGUUCUGCUAAUGGUACCGCUCAACAUGUAUAUGUUACCUAAUUUUGAAGCUGGCCCAGGUGAAUAUUCAUUCUGGAAACUCAUCACUUAACCCAAGGUUGCCCUUAUAUCCUUUGUCAUCAAUUCACGCAGCUCAGGCUUUGGCUUCCUUGACCCUACUCUGUCUCUCUUUGUUCUGGAGAAGUUUAGUUUGCCAGCUGGAUAUGUGGGACUGGUGUUCCUGGGUUUGGCCCUAUGCUAUGCUAUUUCUUCACCGUUUGGUCUACUAAGCAAUAAAAUGCCACAUCUAAGGAAAUGGCUUCUGGUUUUUGGAAACUUAAUCACAGCUGGGUGCUACAUGCUCUUAGGACCUGUCCCAGUCCUGCACAUUAAAAGUCAGCUCUGGCUGCUCAUGCUUGUAUUGGUUGUAAAUGGCAUCUCUGCUGGGAUGAGUAUAACUCCAGUUUUCCCGGAGAUUCUCAGUUGUGCAUAUGAAAAUGGAUUUGAGGAAGGAUCGAGUACUUUGGGACUUGUGUCAGGUCUCUUUGGUGCAAUGUGGUCAGUUGGUGCUUUUUUAGGACGUAUACUGGGUGGAUUUCUGUAUGAAAAAAUUGGUUUUGAGUGGGCAGCAGCUAUACAAGGUCUUUUGCCUCUGACAAGUCUGAGUAACCAGUCUGGAUUAGCAAUGGGCUUAUAUUAUCUACUGGAACACUCAAGGAGAAGAAGAUCUGUAUCUCAAGACAUUCUUGGCAUAGAGGAGGAACGAACUGUUCUCUUGCCUAAUGAAAUCUAAUCUUGUGAAUCCUGGAUUGAUACAGGGUUGGUAGAUGGACCCUUCUGAUGUUGAGCAUCACAGCUGGGUUUUCUUAAUCUUAUGCACAAACUCCAUGGAUUCUACACUAGUAUCACCCAAGUGUCAACACUAGGUAUACCUUGGGCUGCACUUACUGUUGUCUUGAAAAGCUGGCCUACUGAACCAGUCAUAUUGAAACAUUAAGUAUAAGAAGAGCAACUGAAAACCAGAAAAUGUUUGUGUUAAGAGGCCAAACGUGCCCUUGAAGAUGUUGUUAUUGACUCUACUUAGGUACUUCUUCUGCUUUUUAUUCUAAGUGCACUGAUUCUGUGAGUGUAUCAUUUUUUUAAACAGGGAAAGAAGUGAAUUGAUUUGCUAUACUUCAAAUAUAAAAAUAUGACUCAAAAUAUAUAAAAUAAUUCAUAUGAAAUAGUUUUUAAAAGAUACACAUUUUCUGUUUCCUGAAAUUUAUUUUCUUGUUCAAAAGGCAAAAUUCCUGCAUGCCAUGCAGAAA